AUGCUGAUACUGACAGGUUGCCACCUCAGCGACCAGGCAGUCCUUCAGGUGUCACAGCCAGGGAACCUAUGGGUGACCUGGGCAAACAAGACGGGCCAGACUGACUUCUGCCUGAGUCUUCAGUCAGCCACUGAACCUUUCCGGACCUGCCUGGUCGGUGUACUGAGUUAUCGGCUGGAGAGCUUUCAAGGAUACGUAAGAAAUAAUCCAUGUUCCCAUUACAACACUUCAGAACAAAGUGCAUGCUUGAUAGAACGACUAAGUGUCUCCUUGCCAUGGGACCCCCAAGAGCUGGAUCUCCUGGGUUCCCAGGCAGUAGGAAACGUUUCAGCGGGAUGGAGUCAAACAUGCUUUUGCUUCAGACGAUCGCACCAGGGCCUUAGCGCUCGGGCAAAUAUCCUUAAGCAACUGUGGGACCACGCGGAUAACCCUUUUUUUGAUGCGACAGGAUGGACAGUAGUCUCCCCCCAUAACGAACAGGAAUUUUCGGUAUGGGGGGCAUACUGCGGUUACAGCAACCUAACCGGGGAAGGAGGUAACCUACGACCGUGGUAUGGAUAUGGAGUAAGUCUUUCCGAAGACAACUCCCAACCCGCGCUGUGGAAUAAUGACUUGGCUAAGGCUCUGCCCCCGGGUGCAUUUUUAAUAUGUGGUGACCGGGCAUGGGCAGGCGUCCCUGCCAACGUCCAAGGAGGACCUUGCUAUCUUGGACAACUAGCGCUGUUCACUCCCCAACAUUGUCAAUGGCUUAAUGUCACCUCUGGACUGCAUAGGCCUAGGCGACGGCGGAGUACACGCCGCCUGACACCAGACUGCAAUGACAACAUUGAAUUAUGGUCGACUACUGCCCGGGUGUUCGCUUCACUCUUUACACUGGGCAUGGCAGCGGCCCAAGCGUUAAAACAGUUAGACAACCUAGCAUGUUGGUCAGCGAAACAGGCUAAUGAGACCACUUCAAUCUUGGGAUCUACAUUAUCUGAUAUGGACAGUCUUAGGCACGCUUUGCUACAAAACCGAGCGGCAAUUGACUUUCUGCUUUUAGCACAGGGGCAUGGCUGUGAGGACUUUGAGGGGAUGUGUUGCUUCAACCUUUCGGACCAUAGUCGGUCCAUACAUGAGCAACUUCAAUGGUUGAAGGAACAUACGCAAAAGAUUCAGGUUAACAAAAACCCAUUUGAUGAUUGGCUAGAAUCACUAUUUGAGGGGCUGUCCCCAUGGCUCACGGCAUUAAUCAAAGAAGGCUUGCGUUGGCUAUUGCUUAUUCUAAUUAUGCUUUUACUGCUUCGCAUAGUGUAUAGCUGUAUCAUGAGGGGUAUUGACAAAGCCACACAGAAAACUAUGCUCGUACAAAAAGAAAAAGGGAGAAUUGUUGGGGAAUGGCUGCAAGAGCAG